AUGGAUCGGCAAGAUCAUGCAAGUGAGGAUAUUGGUGCAGCGUUUCUCGGAGGUUGCAAGAAGCGUGAGCCAAAGAAGUUUGCUGGUAAGUUCCAUCGUUGCGAAAGGUCAGGGCAUAUGAAGAAGGAUUGCCGCAGGGACGAAUCUGAAGACUGUAAGAAUUAUUCAGUGACGAAUAGAAAGGCAGUUACGUUCACGGCAACUCGUGCUGAAAGUUCGUCGGAUACUGGAUCAAUACGUUUUUGCGUGGACUCGGGAAGCAGCAACCAUUUUAUCAACGAUAUAAAUUAUCUGAAAGAUAUGCGGAAGCUGAAGGAACCAAUCUUUGUAGACGUGGCCAAAGACGGUGCAUUGCUGAAAGGAGAUUACAUUGGAGAGUUCACCGGUUUAUCAAAAAGAGGCGUUGAAUUUCGUAUGAAGAAUGUGAUCGUCGUUCCGGAAUUGCGAAUGAACCUGCUACCAGUGAGGAAGUUAGCGCAAACCGGCAUCGACCUGUUAUUCUCUGGACGACGUGCGCAGUUCAAGCUCAACGACGAAGUAAUUGGCGAAGCACAUAUGAGAGCAAGUUCUUACGAGUUGAAAAUUCGGGCGGUAGAAGCAAACAAUCGGCGGCAGCAUCGGCCUCAAAUUAGAAGAAAUUUUGAAAAACAGAAACGGCCAACUGAUCCAGAGGGGGAAGCAGGAAUUCCGAAAAUUCUUCGUGAACGCGAUAUUGAAGACUCUCGUGAACAAUCCGUUGAAGAAAUCAAUGAGUUGGAUCAAUUGGAAAGGUGGAAGAAAGAAGAAACCCCUAAGGCGCUCCCUUCGCAGAAAAAACGUGACGACUGCUUGGAAUCAAACACGAGGCGUAGCGAACGGAGCGCGUGCCUCUAG